GAGCAAGCUGAUUUCUUGGCUAUUGCACUGUUCAGCUGAUCACUGUGCAAAGGAAAGGGUUCUUCACCAAAAUGAAACUGCUGUUCUUCUCCUGUGUGCUGAGUAUUGCCAUUGCUGUCCCAGUACCUCUGGAUGACAGUGAUGGAAGUUCCAGUAGAGAGCGGCUGUCAUAUCGAUUCCCAUUUUAUCCACGGGUACCUCAGUUUCUUCCACCAUCCCCUCCGAUUCCGCCUAUGCCAUUUCCGCAGCCUCCACCAUCCCCUCUGGGCUUCCCUUUUCCUUUUAAUCUGACAGGACUGGUUGUACCAUUUCCAUUUCCCUUUCCUCCUGGUCCUUCCUUUCCGGGCUUCCCAAUUGGGAAAUAAUAUUCUGGCUACAGAACUGGUGUACUUUUCCCCUUGAUGACGUGGGAAGGUUUACAGAUGUCUUUCAUACAACUUAGUUCCUUCCAACUAGUCUGCAACUCUUUUUAUAAUCGUCUCUCACUCAUCUUUAACAUCAUUGUGUAUUGGAGAUUCUGGAAAUAAAAGCAUCAAAUUCCUUCAGUUCACGAA